GGUCCAAGGAAUUGGGGCAUUUUUAAAUUCUGGGGAUAGAAAGAAAGAAGAGCUCGAGAGCUAGGUAUGAGCGGGAUCGCCAAGAGAAGGCGCUCGUCUCGCUACGAUCACGAGGAGCCAAAAUCGGUCCUCGAUCUUGGGAACUGCAUUUCGCCGCCUCAGCAUCAUCUCAUCCCGGCGGCGCCUCCGCCAUCGCAGCAGCAAAUCUUUCGGCAGAAGAAGCUCAAGCACGGCGGUACUGCCAGCGGCUCGGACGAGGAGUUCGAGGAUGUGUUUGCGCCACUCGAUCUCACAGGUGAUCUAGAGGCAUCGCUCCAGCCUUCUUCCUCCUCCUCGCUCCACAGGUCGUCGUCGUCGGGGAUGGAUUACUCCAUCUGGCAGCCCGAGGUGUUGCUAUCCACGGCCUCGGACGACGAAUUCGAGAUGCGGCUCUUGGAUCCCGGCCAGAAUCACAUCCAGCAGCAGCAAAAUAUCGGCCUGGACGAAGAUUGGCAGAACCACUCCGCGACACACGCCUCGGCUCCAUCGUCAUACAACUCCUCCGACGAUACCAAGUUCUUGGAGAUGAUGUGUAGCAACGACGUCUUCAAUCCCGUGCAGCGCGAGGACGUGCUGCAGGACAAGAUCGAGCUCAAGGAAUCGAUAUCGGCGCUGGAGAGCGAUGGUGCGGUGGGCCUGGAAUUCUGGCGAGGGUUACAGCACCAGCAAGAGCAGCAAGAACAGCAAGAACAGCAGCAACAACGCCAUGCCCAAGAUCAAUCGCUCUUCGAACAAGAACAACAGCAGGGAUCGCGAGUACAGCCGGCAGCUGCUCAAGAUCAUCACGAAUCGGGCGAUGCGAAUGUGGGAAUCCGGCUGAUCCAGCUUCUCCUCGCCUGCGCCGAGGCAGUGGCGUGCCGCGACGUCAACCAAGCCGCCACCCUUCUCAGCCAGCUCCAGCAAAUGGCAUCGCCGCGCGGCGACUCCAUGCAGCGCGUCACGUCGUGCUUCGUCGAGGGCCUUACCGCGCGGCUGGCGGGGCUCCAGAGCAUCAGCCUCAGCGGCGCCGCCUACAAGCCAGCAGUGGCACCGCCGGCGGCACGACGCAGCCAGAUCCCCGAGGCGUUGCGCGACGAGGGAUUCAACCUCGUCUACGAGUUCUGCCCCUACUUCUCCUUCGGCCACUUCGCCGCCAACGCCGCCAUCCUCGACGCCUUCGAGGGAGAAUCGAGGGUCCACAUCGUGGAUCUCGGGAUGAGCAGUGCGCUGCAGUGGCCGGCACUGCUCCAGGGGCUGGCAUCGCGCCCCGGUGGGCCGCCCGAGUCGAUCCGGAUCACGGGCGUGAGCUGCGAUCGCAGCGACAAGCUCUUCCUGGCGGGCGAGGAGCUCUCGCGCCUGGCCGAGAGCCUGGAGCUCCAAUUCGAGUUCCGGGCCGUGACCCAAGCCGUGGAGAGCCUCCAGCGGGGGAUGCUCGAGGUCCGCGACGGCGAGGCCAUGGCGAUCAACAGCGCGUUCCAGCUCCACUGCGUCGUCAAGGAGAGCCGGCGAUCGCUCAAGUCGGUGCUGCAAUCCAUCCACGAGCUGAGCCCCAAGAUCCUGACGCUGGUGGAGCAGGACGCCUGCCACAACGGCCCCUUCUUCCUGGGGCGAUUCAUCGAGGCGCUCCACUACUACUCGGCGAUCUUCGACGCGGUGGACGCGAUCCUGCCCAGCGACAGCGAGGAGCGGCUCAAGAUCGAGCAGUACCACUACGCGGAGGAGAUCAAGAACAUCGUGGCGUGCGAGGGGCCGGACCGGGUGGAGCGCCACGAGCGGGCGGACCAGUGGCGGCGGAGGAUGAGCCGCGCGGGGUUCCAGCCCAAGCCACUCAAGUUCUUGGGCGAGGUCAAGACGUGGCUGGGCAUGUACUAUCCAUCCGAGGGCUACACGCUGGUGGAGGAGAAGGGCUGCAUUGUUCUUGGCUGGAAGGGCAAGCCCAUCGUCGCGGCUUCCACCUGGAGGUGUUGAUCGAUCCAAUCCCAAUGAUCGAUUUUUUGGUGGUAUUUUGAUUCGUGUGCAUAUUCUUUGGAAUAAUCUCUUGCCCUAAUAGUA